GGAGAAAGAUUCUUUUGUCUGCUUCCGUGUCAAUUUCCUUGGUCUGAACAUCAUAAGGAUACAUCCCUUCCGCUCGACGUCAAAUUCUAAUCUCUCUCUCUUCCCCCCACGCAAUUGCUUUUUCCUUGCCAUCGGAAGUUUAACAUUCCGUGAGGCCUAAACAAGUCUCCCAGAAAGAAGCAAUCCAUGGACUCAGUGGCUCCCUUAAAGCUCUCCCUUUUGCUUUUCCUUGCUUCUAUAUCUUUGGUUCUCGUACCUUUCACUCAAGCCACGACUGUCAAAUACUGCGAUAAGAAAGGUGACUACCCUGUGAAGGUCGGAGGUGUUAAGAUAUCACCCAACCCUGUGGUGCCAGGCAAACAAGCCACCUUUAACAUCUCAGCUUCAACCGGCAAAGUCAUUGAUGGUGGGAAAGUGGUCAUUGAGGUUUCUUUCCUUCGGGUGCCUGUUCAUACUGAAAAGCAUGAUCUUUCUGAGGAGAUAUCCUGCCCUAUUGCAGUAGGCAACUUUGUCCUCUCACAUACCCAAACUCUACCAGUAUUCACCCCGCAUGGCCCUUACACGCUUAAGAUGAAAAUAGAGGAUGAUAAAAAUCAACUGUUGACUUGCAUUAGCUUCGAUUUCAAAAUUGGCUCUGGAUCUCUAGAAGUCUUCUAGAUGAAUGGCUAGCGCAUCGUCCUGGAUUGGUGCAUAAUCCCAUUUAGAAUUGAAUCUCCAGUCCUUUGAGUAUAUAGUGUACUUUUUAGUGGCGUGUAAUCCCAGUCCCGGUUGGCAUUUGGUUUAUUCUCAGACAAAAAAUACCAACGAAAAUAAGGUGGCAAUCUUCUGGUACUGAAUAGUCAAAUGUUAAUGAUGUCUCCAUCGCA